CUUUUUUCGUAUCUAGUUAUGAAAGUAAGCGUUUUUAAGUGAGGAGUAAAAGCGCUCUGGAAAGAAAUUAAGGUUAGUGGUCACUCUUUGAACGAUAUUGAGUGAUGUAAACCGCCCCUCCAAUUUCAGUGGCAUCAUCUCAACGCAUAGGUAUAAAAACGGACGUUGGCAAUUUCGGUUGCCAUUCGUCGUGUGAACACUUAAGAUGAACAAGGUGUUGAUCGUACUUAGCGUGGCUGGAGUUUGUCUGGCUCAGUACGCCGGUAGAACGGGCGUCUACCAAACGAAGGAUCAGUAUGCUGCUUCCUAUUUUGGCAGAGCCGGAGGAGCUGCCGUUAACCAAGGAUACUCGGGCACUCUUGGGAGCCGUGCAUUUACAGGAGCUGUUGGUAAUCAAGGAUACUCGGGAACAGUCGGUAACCAAGGUUACUCGGGUACGCUUGGGAGCCGUGUAUUUACAGGAGCUGUUCGUAAUCAAGGAUACUCGGGAGCUGACGGAAACCAAGGGUAUACAGGAACUCUUGGAAGCCAAGGAAACCGUGGAGGUUUUGGAAACCAAGGAUACGCUGUAGGCCUUAGAAGCCAAGGAUAUUCGGGAGUUGCUGGAACUCAGGGGUACACAGGUUCUUCUAGGAACAAUGGAUUCGGGGGACCUGCUAGCUAUGGAGGAUAUGGAGGAAAAGGAGGAAACCAAUAUGCAGGACGAGAUGGUGGAGAUAAUUCAGAACCGGCAAAAUACGAGUUCAAAUACGAAGUAAACGUACCAGACGAGUAUUUGGAAUUUGGCCACCAGGAACAGAGGGACGGCGACAACACACAAGGAGCCUACCACGUCCUUCUUCCUGACGGCAGGAGACAGUUGGUCGAAUACACGGUCGACGGCUACGGCUAUCAUCCUAAAGUCUCCUACACUGAUGGACCUUCAGGACGAACUGCAAAUUACGCUUCUGGAAGGAAUGAUCAACAAGGUUAUCAAUCCGGAGGAAGAAACGGCUUCCAAAGUGCCAGUCAGCCAGGAUACCAAUCAGAAACGAGGCAACAGGGAUAUUGAUCCAUGUUCUAUUUAAUAUUUAU